GGCUUGGCUACUUGCUUGCUUGCUGAGUUGCUGACUAAUGGCGGCCAUUCCGAGCGGAGCGAUAGCCCAAGCCGGAGCUGAGCGUCCGGCGGCCUGAACAGGAGAGGCGAGAGAGAGAGGGUGCAGGUACCAGAAGAAUGGGUCCGCCGCCGGAGAAGCGGCGGACGCUGGUGCUGGUGAACCUGGCGUCCAUCAUGGAGCGCGCCGACGAGGCGCUGCUGCCGGCGGUGUACCGGGAGGUGGGCGCCGCGCUGCACGCCACGCCCACGGGGCUCGGCGCCCUCACGCUGUACCGCUCCAUCGUGCAGGCCGCCUGCUACCCGGUGGCGGCCUACGCCGCGUCGCGCCACAACCGCGCCCACGUCAUCGCGCUGGGGGCCUUCCUCUGGGCCGCCGCCACCUUCCUCGUCGCCGUCUCCGACACCUUCCUCCAGGUUGCAAUUUCAAGGGGCUUGAACGGCAUUGGUCUAGCUCUCGUCAUACCAGCAGUCCAGUCGCUGGUAGCCGACUCCACUGACGACGACAACCGCGGCACAGCAUUCGGAUGGCUGCAACUGACCAGCAGCAUCGGCUCCGUAUUCGGGGGAUUCUUUGCCUUACUGCUGGCCCAGACUACAGUCUUGGGGAUCGAAGGAUGGCGUAUUGCCUUCCACCUCGUCGCGAUCGUCAGCGUCAUCGUCGGCACCCUCGUGUGGUUCUUCGCCGUGGAUCCCCAUUUCCCCACAAACGAUGCCGCACCACCAUCCAGCAAAAAGUCCGCGCUUGAUGAAGCAAGGGAACUGAUCAUGGAGGCCAGGUCCAUAGUCCAGAUCCCGACGUUCCAGGUCUUCGUUGCCCAGGGCGUCAGCGGCUCGUUCCCGUGGUCAGCGCUGUCGUUCUUGUCCAUGUGGCUGGAGCUCGUCGGGUUCAGCCACGAGGACACCGCCGUCCUCACGACCACCUUCGCUGUCGCCACCUCCGUCGGCGGCCUUCUUGGCGGGAAGAUGGGGGAUUCGCUCGCUCGGCGGUAUCCGAACGCUGGGAGGAUCGUGCUGUCUCAGAUAAGCGCCGGCUCUGCUGUUCCUUUGGCCGCUGUUCUUCUGCUGGGCUUGCCUGAUAAUCCGUCCACGUCCAGUGGUGUUGCCCAUGGACUUGUUCUGUUCGUCAUGGGACUCAUCAUCUCUUGGAACGGAGCUGCUACAAACUGCCCGAUUUUUGCGGAGAUCGUGCCCGAGAAGCAAAGGACGAGCAUCUACGCUCUGGACAGAACCUUCGAGUCCAUUCUGGCGUCGUUUGCGCCUCCGGUCGUUGGCCUGUUGUCGCAGCAAGUCUACGGCUUCAAACAGGACGACGGCAGAGGGAGCAGCCCUGGGCAAGACCGGGAGAACGCGGCGUCGCUGGCCAAGGCGCUGUACACGGCCAUCUCCAUACCGAUGGUCAUCUGCACCUCCAUAUACACGUUCAUGUACCGCACCUACCCUCGAGACAGGGAGCGUGCGCGCAUGCAGUCGGUGAUUCAGUCAGAGUUGGACCAGAUUGAGCUGCUGGGCGGUCCGAGUUUAGGAGGCGGCGGCGACGGCGACGGUGAUAAACCUGACGAGGUUGAUGGCAGUUAUGGUUCUGAAAGAUCUGCUGAGGCCGAUGCCGGCACUGAAAAACUACUAGGAAGGAAACCAUGAGUUGUGACGAACAGAAGAACCUACUAGGAGGACCAUUCAUGUUGAAGAGGAUGAUAGAUGUUCCUGCCGAUUUUAGGAACUUGUAAUUGUAACACGACGAUCAAUAUGAUUCACUAAAGUGACCGUUCUUUUUUCUUCC